GCGUUCCCAAGGCGCUGCGGUGGUGGGGGCUGCUGAGCAGGGAAGCGCAGCCCAGCUCAAUGCGGCAGCAGGGCUGGGGACAGCUCUGCCGGGGGUUGCCUUGGUAACGUUUACGCUGCUGCGGGUAAUUUUUUUAUUUAUUAAACAGAAGAUAGAGUCCUGCAUCUGCAGGAGGACGAGGGCUACUCUGAGUCCCCAGACCUGGAGUUUGAAUAUGCAGAUACUGAUAAAUGGGCAGCAGAGCUCUCUGAGCUGUACAGCUACACGGAAGGGCCAGAGUUCCUGCUCAACCGCAAGUGCUUUGAGGAGGACUUCAGGAUCCAUGUGCGGGACAAGAAGUGGACGGAGCUGGACAAGAACCAGCAUCGCACCCACGCCAUGCGGCUGCUCGACGGGCUGGAGGUCACCGCGCGGGAGAAGCGGCUGCGGGUUGCCCGAGCAAUCCUUUACGUUGCCCAAGGCACGUUUGGGGAGUGCGGCUCUGAGGCUGAGGUGCAGGCCUGGAUGAGGUAUAACAUCUUCCUGUUGCUGGAAGUGGGGACGUUCAAUGCUCUGGUAGAGCUGCUGAACAUGGAGAUUGAUAACAGCGCGGCUUGCAGCAGUGCCGUGAGGAAGCCUGCAAUCUCCCUGGCUGACAGCACGGACCUGAGGGUGCUGCUGAACAUCAUGUACCUGAUCGUGGAGACGGUCCGGCAGGAGGCUGAGGGGGACAAGGCUGAGUGGAAGAGCGUGCGACAGACCUUCCGAGCAGAGCUAGGAGCCCCCCUGUACAACAACGAGCCCUUCUCUGUCAUGCUCUUUGGGAUGGUGACUAAAUUCUGCAGUGGCCACGCUCCGCACUUCCCCAUGAAGAAGGUGCUGCUCUUGCUCUGGAAGACCGUGCUGUGCACCCUGGGGGGCUUUGAGGAGCUCCAGAGUAUGAAAGCAGAGAAGCGGGAGGUCCUGGGCCUCCCACCGCUCCCGGAGGACAGCAUUAAAGUCAUCCGCAACAUGAGAGCUGCCUCCCCACCAGCGUCAGCCUCCGAUCUUAUCGAGCAGCAGCAGAAGCGAGGCCGGCGGGAGCACAAGGCCCUGAUUAAACAGGAUAACCUUGAUGCCUUCAACGAGCGGGACCCUUACAAAGCUGAUGACUCCCGUGAGGAAGAGGAGGAAAAUGAUGAUGAUAACAGCCUGGAGGGAGAGACCUUUCCCCUUGAACGUGAUGAGGUGAUGCCUCCGCCCACCCAGCAUCCCCCAAGUGACCGCAUCGCCUGCCCCAAGGGGCUGCCCUGGGCCCCCAAGGUCCGAGAGAAGGACAUUGAGAUGUUCCUGGAGUCCAGCCGCAGCAAGUUCAUCGGCUACACCCUGGGCAGUGACACCAACACAGUGGUGGGGUUGCCCAGGCCCAUCCAUGAAAGCAUCCGAACCCUGAAGCAGCACAAGUACACGUCAAUCGCAGAGGUGCAAGUGCACAUGGAGGAUGAGUACCUGCGCUCCCCGCUCUCUGGGGGGGAAGAAGAAGUGGAGCAAGUGCCUGCAGAGAUCCUGUACCAGGGCCUCCUGCCGAGUCUGCCGCAGUACAUGAUUGCUCUCCUGAAGAUCCUCCUUGCUGCAGCCCCCACAUCCAAAGCUAAGACGGACUCCAUCAACAUCCUGGCAGAUGUCCUGCCAGAGGAGAUGCCGACCACAGUGCUGCAGAGCAUGAAGCUGGGAGUGGAUGUCAAUCGGCACAAGGAGAUCAUCGUCAAAGCCAUUUCUGCUGUCUUGCUGCUUCUGCUCAAGCACUUCAAACUGAAUCACAUCUACCAGUUUGAGUACAUGGCCCAGCAUCUGGUCUUUGCCAACUGCAUCCCACUCAUCCUGAAGUUUUUCAACCAGAACAUCAUGUCCUACAUCACUGCCAAGAACAGCAUUUCCGUCCUGGACUACCCAUACUGUGUGGUGCACGAGCUGCCGGAGCUGACAGCGGAGAGCCUGGAGGCAGGCGACAACAACCAGUUUUGUUGGAGGAACCUUUUCUCCUGCAUAAACCUCCUGCGCAUCCUGAACAAGCUGACCAAGUGGAAGCACUCCCGCACUAUGAUGCUGGUGGUGUUCAAGUCUGCGCCCAUCCUGAAGCGGGCACUGAAGGUGAAGCAGGCCAUGAUGCAGCUCUACGUGCUGAAGUUGCUUAAGGUGCAGACCAAGUACCUGGGUCGGCAGUGGAGGAAGAGCAACAUGAAGACCAUGUCAGCUAUCUACCAGAAAGUGCGGCACCGUCUCAAUGACGACUGGGCUUACGGCAACGACCUGGAUGCCCGGCCCUGGGAUUUCCAGGCAGAGGAGUGUGCCCUGCGCGCCAGCAUUGAGCGCUUCAACUCGCGCCGCUACGACCGGGCGCACAGCAACCCUGACUUCCUGCCCGUGGACAACUGCCUGCAGAGCGUGCUGGGCCAGCGCGUGGAGCUGCCUGAGGAUUUCCAGGUCAACUACGACCUGUGGCUGGAGAGGGAGGUCUUCUCCCGGCCCAUCUCCUGGGAGGAGCUGCUGCAGUGAGGACAGUGGGGAAGCAGGAGGUGUUUGGGGACAGGCUCGAGGCUGGGGGGUAAAGCCGCAGGUGUGUGGCUUUAGCAGGGUCUGUGGGUGCCUGGCCCCCCACGGCAGGGCUGGGAGGGAUCCGGGAUGCCAUCGUGCCCCUCUGCCUCCUCCCAGGCUUUGUCAUCCUCAAUCCUGUGCUGAGGGUGAAGGCUUUGUAAAGAGGCCACGGUUCCCUGGGUGUCUCCUAUGAGUUGGAGGACACUGUGCCCCUGCUCCAGCCUUCCCGGUGUGGCACUGCCGUCGCCCUCCCACCUCAUCUCACCAGCCAGGGCCGAGGAGGGAGAGCAGUUGGUGGGGCAAAUCGAGGUGAGGUGAUGCUGCGGGACACGGGGCCACUGUGGCAGGAAAACCGUAGCUGUGUCCCCCCCCCAGACCCUGCUGGGGGGCACAGCGAGGGGGCCAGGGGCGCUGGGAGCAUGGUGGUGUCAGGGCCGAGGGGCUGGGGUGGGCUGGAGGCUGCAGUCUUGCCUUGCCCCGCUGGGUGGGGUGGAUGAGCUGUACAUAUAUACAUAUCUGCCAUACCUCUG